CUGUCCAGUUGCGAUCAUGAAGGAUUUAUUACCAUGACUGAAUCAACAGAAAUGCUGCCUAAAUUUGAGGGCAAGGUUCACCCCCAGCAAAUGAUCGAACAGCUGCAGCAGAACAAUCUUCAUCUAAAUCAAGGGAUUUCUUGUUUUAAAAAGCGCUGCACCUUUGUUGCUUGGAUCAGGGAGAGCAUCCACAAGAGGGAAUGUUGCUUCUUUGAAAAAGAUGUCAGAGAGGAUGUAUGCAAGUGUGGAUACUCAAAGACCGAUCAUGUGGAUGAAGCCAUCAAGCCAGAGAACUUCACAGGCGAGUCCUGGGACAGAUACAAACAUAUCCGCGAAGUGCCCACUGAUGCUUUUGGAGACGUCAGUUUUGGUGGUUUGGGACAGAAGACGGGCAAGUAUGCACGAGUGUCCACAGACACCAGCUCUGAGAUCCUGUACCAGUUACUUACUGAACAGUGGAAACUUUCCCCUCCCAACCUGCUGAUCUCAGUGACCGGAGGAGCCAAGAACUUCUAUCUGAAGGCUCGUCUCAAGAACAUGUUCCACAGAGGUCUUAUCAAAGUGGCCCAGACAACAGGUGCGUGGAUCAUCACCGGUGGUACGCACACAGGUGUGAUGAAGCAUGUAGGGCAGGCUGUGAGGGACUACACCCUGAGCAGCUCCAUGCAGAACCAAGUCGUGGCUAUUGGAGUAGCAACGUGGGGAGUAAUUCAUAACAGGGACACUUUGGUGCAUUCAGAGGGUUGUUUCCCAGCCCAUUAUUUGAUGGACAUCAAGGGCCAGGGCCGACUCUCCUGCCUUGAUAACAACCAUACCCACUUCCUGCUGGUGGACGAUGGGACUCAGGGACACUACGGUGUGGAGAUUGAACUGCGUAGCCGUCUGGAGAAAUGCAUCUCCGGAAAGUGUCUUGGAAACAAAGAGAAUGGCGUGACCAUCCCUGUGGUCUGUGUGGUUUUGGAUGGAGGACCAGGCACUCUAAAUACCAUCUAUAAUGCCAUGCUGAAUGGUACACCAUGUGUGAUCUUGGAGGGCUCUGGGAGAAUAGCAGAUGUGAUCGCUCAGGUGGCAGGACUGCCAAUGACCCAGGUCACUAUCACCCUCAUCCACCAGUUAAUGAAAAAAUUAUUUGGCCAAGAGUAUAAAAACUUUCCCGACAUCAGCAUCAUAGAAUGGACCAAGAAGAUUCAGGACAUCAUCAGGAUGUCUCACUUGCUGACAGUAUUCAGAGUAAGCGAGGACAAUCACAAUCAGGAUGUGGAUGUGGCUAUUCUUCAAGCACUACUCAAAGCUUCGAGGACCAGCGAGUCACUGGGAAUCGAGUGCUGGAAGAGGCAGCUGGAGCUGGCUAUAGCCUGGAACCGAGUGGACAUAGCUGAGACUGAGAUCUUCACUGAGGAGAGCCAGUGGAAGUCCAGUGACCUCCACUGGGCCAUGUUCUCAGCCCUGGUUGGCAACAAGCCUCAGUUUGUGAGUCUGCUGCUGGAGAAUGGUGUGAGUCUGAAGGAUUUCCUGCAGGACGUGGAAACUCUGUGCAAGCUCUACAAACAGAUGCCCGGCUGCUUCUUUCUCCGCAAGCUGGCCAAGCGGGUCCAUAGAUCUUGCUGCAGCGGCAAGCGAGCAUUCACCCGCAGGGUUCGAGUUCCCUCAGGGCAAGGCGAAAUGAUUACCAUGACCCACGUAUCUGAUGAAGUGCGCCACCUGCUGGGCAGUUUCACCCAGCCUCUCUACCCUCCCUCCCCCACUACAAACCAUUUCAACAUGGCUAUGGAGGAUACAUCUAUAUCACUUUCUAAAAGUGAGGCAGGUUCCCCAGCUCCACUCAGGGAGGACAAUGCUGAAGCACAGAGAGACCCAGGCAGAGACCUUUUCCUUUGGGCUGUCGUCCAGAAUAAUAAGGAGCUGGCUGAAAUUGCAUGGGAGCAGUGUAGAGACUGCAUGUCGGCUGCUCUGGCUGCCAGUAAGAUCCUGAAGAAAAUGGCAGAGGAAGGAAGUGAUGCAGACGAGGCAGAGGAAAUGCAAGAGCUCGCCAAUCACUAUGAGAAACACGCCAUUGGUGUGUUCAGUGAGUGCCACAACAGUGACGAAGGACGGGCUCAGAAGUUGUUAGUUCGUGCGUCACCGUUUUGGGGAAGGACGACGUGCCUGAGGCUGGCACUGGAGGCUGAUGCUAAAAGCUUUGUAGCUCAGUCAGGUGUUCAGGUUCUUCUGACACAGAUCUGGUGUGGUGAGCUUUCAGUGGUCAACCCUGUAUGGAGAGUCCUGAUCUGCAUGGUCUUCUUCCCACUUAUCUUCACUGGCUUUCUCGUUUUCAGACGCGAUGAAGUCAUCCAUAGAGAAACUGAGAAGAAUGAGGAGAUCCAGACUGUGGAGAAAGUGACAGGAAGUUCACUUCGAACAAAUUCUCGUGGCCCCCUGCAGCACCUGAAGCCUUUGGGUAGCUGGUCCAGACUGGUUUGCCUGUACAGCUCUCCGCAGGUCAAGUUUUACUGGAAUAUCGUGUCUUACUUCGCCUUCCUCUUCCUGUUUGCUGUGGUGCUGAUGAUCGACUUCCAGCCCACGCCCUCUGCCGGGGAGGUGCUGCUUUACAUCUGGCUGCUCUCUCUGGUGUGUGAGGAGGUCAGACAGCUGCUUCAUGAUCCUGAUGGCUUUGGGUUUCGUAAAAAAGCCAAGAAGUACAUCAACGACCUGUGGAAUAUUUUAGAUGUACUGUCCACCCUCCUUUUUAUUGUUGGCCUUGCAUGUAGGCUGACAACUGAGCUGUUCUAUGCGGGUAAAAUCUUCCUCUGCAUCGACUUUGUGGUCUUCUGCCUCCGUCUCAUGGCCAUCUUCACUAUCAGUAGAACCCUGGGACCCAAAAUCAUCAUAGUCAAGAGGAUGAUGAUGGAUAUGUUCUUCUUCAUGUUCCUGCUGAGUAUCUGGGUGGUGGCGUACGGUGUGGCCAAACAAGGCAUCCUCAUCCACAAUGACAAUCGGCUGGACUGGAUUCUCCGCGGGGCAGUUUAUGAGCCGUACCUCAUCAUAUUUGGGAAUUUCCCCACAAAUAUUGAUAAUGCUGGAUUUGACAUAAACUCCUGCAGCAUGACUGGCACCAAUCCUCUGAAGCCCAAGUGUCCUGUGCUGAAUGAAAACCAAACACCAGCCUUCCCCGAGUGGCUCACCAUCAUCAUGCUUUGUGUUUACCUGCUCUUUGCCAACAUACUGCUGCUCAACCUGCUCAUAGCUAUCUUCAACUAUACGUUCCAGGAAGUUCAGGACAACACAGACAGAAUAUGGAAGUUUCAAAGAUACGAGCUAAUUAACGAGUACCACAGUCGCCCUGCUGCCCCUCCUCCUUUAAUCAUCUUCAGCCAUCUUUACCUCUUCCUCAGGAACAUGGUGCUGUGCAGGCCCCCCAUCAUAUGCAAAGAGUUUAAGAACAAGCUUCUUCAGAUAGAGGAAGAGGAGCUGUUGUCCUGGGAGGCCUUGAUGAAGGACAGAUACCUGCUGUCCACACAGCAGCAGCAGACCCAGAGCAUGGAGCGACGCAUCCUGGACACGGCCCAAAAGGUUGGCACCAUAGCCGAUCGGCUGGAGAGGGAAGAGGAGACGAGCUCUGCUGACACGAUCAAAAGACUGGCUCGACUAGAGGAGCAGGUCGUCCAGUCAGCCAAAGCCCUGCAGUGGAUUGUGGACAGUCUGAAAUCUCAGGAAUUUGCAGCAAAAGGAGCACCAUCACUGUCAUUAACUUCAACAGACGAGUCCCACGACACUUUGAGAAAUACGUCAGAGAAAGAGGAUGUGUCCCACGUGAACGCUCGUCAAUUUCACUACCCAAACAGCAAAGUCACACGCUUCCCAGUGCCUGAGGAGAUGGUGCCAUGGAAGGUCAACUUCAGCUCAUACAUGCCGUCUUAUUACGCAUCUGAAGACGGUGGGGACCAUGUGGAUGGAUCAGAAUCAGAAGCUUUAGAUAAUUACAGAAACCCAAAAGGGAGGACGGGCAUCACGGGACGAGGUGCACUAAGCCACCUUGGUCCAAAUCUGAAUGUAGACCUUGUGCUUACACGCUGGCAGGACAGCAAGAGAUCUGUUUUGGAGUACCUGGCAGUUUGGGACGAGAGCCAAGGAAACAUGGCUUUACCUGGGGGACCCGUCCAAUCUGCUGACAACUUGCCAGUGACUCUUAAGAGAACCAUGGGGAAGAAGCUGUAUGAAAAAUUAAAUGCAAAAGUAUCAAAGGGAACAAAGGUGUUUGAGGGUUAUGUAGAUGACUGCAGGAACACAGAUAAUGCCUGGGUGGAAACCACCGUCCUAAACAUUCACCUGGAAAGGACGAGCCGGACGAUGGAAGAUAUCAACAAUAUGGUGGUGAGCAGCCAUGGCGCUCUACAGUGGCAGAAGGUGAGUGGCAAUACCAGACUUGGCUCGAACCAAAGAGACUCUCUGCGGAAGGUCGCUGAGCUGCACAACAGGAAGUUCUGAUGUUGACACUGCUGUAGCUGUAAACGUGCCUCCCUGUCCACAGGUUUUCUUCUGACUGUUCAUAUGGUCUUUUUUUAAGGCUCACAUAUUCUGCUGCACUGAAAGCACUUGUGAAAAAAGACAAGACACUAUAAAGCCAUAAUGUAUGCUGCUGUGGAUUAUUUUUCAGCUAUUUGCACAAAUGUCAUAGGCCAGUAAACUAAGUGUUUCGCCUGCACACUGUGCUGUACACUUCAUACAUGUGUUAGCAUUCAUAUGUGUUCACUGAAAUAAAGUCCAAAGUAACUAAUUUACUCAAAUACGGUACAAUUUUGAGGUAGCUGUACUUUACUGGAGUAUUUCCAUUUUAUGCCACUUCAUACUUCAUCACUACAUUUCAGAGGCAAAUAUUGUACUUUUUACUUCGCUACAUUUAUCUGACAGCACAGUUUGUAGUUACUUUUUUCAUGCAAAACAUACAAAUGCAAAUCAUUAUCAGUUAUCAACAGAAAUCAUGAAAUGUGACGUUCACAAAACAUACAAAGGCAAAUAAUCAUCUUACUGUAUAUAAAAUGAUGACACUUACAAGGUAAUGCAUCAAUAAUAACACAAUAAUGUGACUUACAGUAUAUAAUAAUAUCAUCUUCUGAAAGGGACCGUACUGCAUAAUAAGGAUGUGAUAUAUUUUGCUGAUAAUACUUUUGUACUUUUAUUUGAAUGCAGGAGUUACUUUAUUGCUAGUGAAACUACUUUGAAUUUAUGGUAGGCCACUGCUGCUGUAAUUGAAGUAAAGGUUCUUCUGAGUACUUCUUCCACCACUGAAAUACUUUAUCUGCUCAAUUUUCCUGUAUGUCAAGGUAUCUGUGUAUGUUGCAGUUUAUUUCACAUGUGACCUUUACAUAUUCAAUCACUCAUGGCCUUCAUAAUUAUUAAAAAAGCUACCAAAAUUGAA